UCUCUGGGUACUCCUGUUUCCUACCACAUUCCAAAAACAUGCUAGGUUAAUUAGCGACUCCAAAUUGUCCAUAGGUAUGAAUGUGAGUGUGAAUGGUUGUUUGUCUAUAUGUACCCUGUGAUUGGCUGGCCACCAGUCCAGGGUGUACCUCGCCUCUUGUCUGAAGACAGCUGGGAUAGGCUCCAGCAACCCUCAUGAAGAAAAGCGGGAGGAAAUGGCUGAAUGAAUGAAUGAAUGGAAAGAAAAUGUAACUUUCUUGAAGGUGACUAGUCACAUGAUUCCAGGAUUCAUAGGGUUUGUUAUCCGGCAAGUUAGCUUCCUAGCUGGGUACAUGUUAGCUGAGCAUGACUGACUUUUCACAUAUUUGGGUCUCCUGAGUAGGGGUGUGUAUUGGCAAGAAUCUGGCGAUACGAUACAGCUCACAAUACGAUACAUCACGAUACUGUUAACAAGGCGAUAUUUUUUUUUCCUUGUAGUUAAAGAUUAUUUCCUGGAAAAACUGAAUUACACCAGCAAUAUGCACUUACUAAACACAUUUUUAUUCCAUUAGAACAGUAUGUUAUGCUGUAUCACAAACUUUCCUCUGUAAAAACUUAAAGUGUAGCAUUUGGAUAAAUAGCUUUAACAUCCAGCUUUAAAUUUACAAAAAAAAAACAACAAAAAAACAAAUAAGUUAAAUUAUAUCUCAAGAUCCUGCUCAAAUGUUCACAUUCUAUUAGCUGUGAAAAAAUGCAGAGUAUACAGUCCCUGACUUAUCCACCAUCAGAACAGUAUUUUUGUGCAACAAAGUAACUAACAUCAGUAAAAAGGUCCUUUUAGGAUUCUUGAAAUAACCAUUAUUUAACAAAAUAGUGAUAUCAAUUUGAAAAACAAAAUACCUGCAAUAUCACAGUACUACUUUUGUAGUAUACAAAAGGAUCUUUGCAUUGCUUGAUAGCGGCAGGUCCUCAUGGUGUCUCGCUAAGUGGACUCACAGAUUUGCCGUGUUUGCCAAAUACUUCCCGUGUCUGCACUUAAAAAUAAAUAAAUAAUAAAUACCAUAUAAAGUCUAUGAUAAAUGCCUAAAAAUACCGGUAUCAUACUUUUUAAUAUCAAUGCAGUAUCGUAGAGCGAAGUAUUGCGAUAUAUUGCCGAAACGAUAUUUUCUUACACCCCUACUCCUGAGUGCUAAUGUAAAAUUAAAGUAUCAAUGUCCAGCUUUGAUUGACACGAUCGGAGUUUGGGCUCAUCAUCAUGUUGGAAGACUGCACUUCCGGCUUGACAAUACAGUACAUGUUAAAAUUCAGGUUUCCCCUCAAUUAACCGCAGUGCAGGCAGCACUCGUGCAGGCCCAGACCAUGAUGCUACUCACAUGCGUUGCUAGCUAUGUAUCUCGUAUCAUGAGAUCAAAAUAUAAUCUUGCAUUAAUGAGUAAAUAAAUUAAUCACAAUUUUGCCUAGUUAGCUUUAGUUAGCUAAAGUUAGCUUUAGCCAUGCGCUGCUUGGUCCAUCAUGAAAAGACACUAACUUUAGAUCUCUCAUAUGUGAUUUGUAUUAGCUACAGUUCUCCUUCUAGGCAAUGUAGCUUUGCUACUGAUCCAGAUUCCCUUAGGUCUGGUUCCGGUUUUCCUUGUCUUUCGCCUCCAAACAGACAGGAACCUCUUCUUCUCUGUGAAUUGCUUUCAACGCACAGAAAAAAUGGUGUGGGGAUUAAUAAAUAGCAAAAGAAAUGCUGCUUUUUAAUACAGUUGAAAAGCCAACAGGAAAUGCUGCAAAUGUUUUAUAGACGGUACGAAUUGGAGGUGAGAAAAUACAUGUCAUAAAUGGCAAUUUAGAGUGAAAGCUUGCAUUGUUAUGACAUACGUAUUAUUAUGCUAUGUUAUCAUAAUAUUAGUGCUGACAAUAAUAUUCCUUCGAAAAAGCACCUGCUUUGUUUUGGGACUCAGUUAGAUGAAAAAAAGUCGUACUUUUCUUAGCUUUUCCCUUCGUGAAUUUUGCAUACAGUUGUGAUUCGAUGCAGGUGAAGCCCCCGAGUCCCUCUGUGUCAUGCCUGUACUGUAUUUUUUUUUUGGUGGGGGGGGGGGUGUCUGUGGUCAUCUGUAAAAUUAGUUAGACCUGGUGGGUGUCAGAGCGACAGGAAAUGGAAGUCAGCGUUGGAAUGUGUGUCUCCCACACGCUGCAGCGUCCUUUUAUCGCUGGCUGCCAUAUGGACAUUGCUGCCUGCGAUGGAGGACAUGCUAAUUUGAGAUUUGUGCGAUGACGGGGGGGGGGGGGCUGAAGAAGGAAAGACACGCAUGCAAUACAUGGUGAGGACACUCAUCUUCAGUUUGUAAACAAACAACAUGGCCGACGUGGAUCAACAUUAUGGGAGACUUUUUUUUUUCCUCCCGCUGCUGCCGCUGGUCCCGUGGAGGUUAUUGGCAGUCAGGUCAAAGGUCAGAGCCCGGCUCGAAGACUAAAGGGAGGUCACCAACGGGGGUUAUUACAGGUGACCCCUGUACUUCUGCUUCUUGUCCAACAAUUCUAACUGAGUAUGACUCAGUUAGCAUUAGCGUUCAGUUAGCGUUCAGGCAGCUGUUUUUGUGAUGUCCUGAAGUGUCCUCACUCCACAUGCAACCCCGGUCUUAUUUACAUCUUAUAUAAGACACCAUCAUUAAUGAAUUCAUAGUGAUGGUGCAUGCGUGCGUGCCUCCAUGUCCUGUACUCAGUGUGCUGCUAGCUCUCUCUCUCUCUCUGUGUGUGUGUGUGUGUGUGUGUGUGUGUGUGUGGGGUGCAGGCUAAUCUUACAAAACAUGGCCGAAAAUUCAAAAAUUCCCUGGGGUGAGCACACGACAUGACCAAUCAUGCUCAUUUGCCAAUCACUGCGGGCACGCUGCUGGCAGUGUGGGAUUUUUCUUUUGGAUGCAAAACAUGUGAAACUGCACUGCACUCGACAGACAUCCCAUAAUAAACAUCAUCUGUUUAUUUUUUACGGAGGGGAAAUAUACAGUAUAUUGAAUAUCACACAAAUAAGUGAAUAAUCUGUAGUGGGAAAGUGUAUAACAGAAUAAAAAUACUCCAACAUACUACAGUAUAUGUACACGUUUGCCUGCCUUGGAGGCGAUUCGUAACGUAUAUUUUUUAAUAAUUAUUAUAUAUUAUAUAUUAUUAUUAUAAUUCGAUGUCUUCUUUGUCAUAUUGUACUGAGUAGCCAUAACAGCUUGGUUCACUAUUGGCAAAAGCAGAUACUACAAGGUACUACAAGGUACUAUAGUACAUAAGUUCAAAGCAUGCCGACUCUAUACCAUACCGUAUGUAUGUAGCUUGUAUUAUUAUAUUAUUAUUAUUAUUAUACUAUAUAUAUUCCACUAUACUCGAGGUUCUCAGUUAUUUUCUGUUAUAAUUCCGCCAUAAUUUUUGAUGGAUUUGAAAUACUGGUAAGCUGGUAAUAUGUAUUUAUGUGUACAAACCACUGUAGGAGUUGUUAACAGAAGAGAUUUUAUGACUCCUCCCCUAUUUCCCCACCGGACACUUUGAUAUUGUAUAUCUUUCUGUUAUGAUUAUCAACAUUAUGUGGUUAUGUGGUUUUUUUUUGCUCUAUUAUUCCCAUCUUGCUGUUUUUCUUUUGGGGAAAAAUGUAUUUCUACCAGAGCCUUUUCCAUUGCUGCCCCCACUCUCCGGAAUUUUUUGCCACCGACCUUCCCACCUUCAAAAAACAACUCAAAACCCACCUGUUUAAAUCCGUUUUUAAUGUUUAACUUUUUGUAACUGUCUAACUGUGCCCUGCUUUUAGCCUUGUUUUUAGCCCUGAAUGAAUGAAUGUAUGGAUGUUAUAUUUUAAAGUCUACUACUCUUUUUUUUUAUUUAUUAUUAUUAUUAUUUUACUUAACUCUACAAGAGAGGAGAAAUAUGAUACUUAAUCUUAAACUUGCUGAUAUAGUUAAUCUUCAAACAGCUAAAAUAAGGCAUAAGGCUAAAAAUAACCAAUUACCUAAAAAUGUCAUCCAGUACAGUACUCUACAAAAGAGGAGAAAUAUGAUCUGAGGGAAGAACUACAUUUGAAACACUUCUAUGCUAGGACUACGUUAAAAAGCCAUAGCAUUUCAGUAUGUGGAAUCAAACUAUGGAAUGGAUUGAGUAAGGAACUCAAACAAUGCACAACGAUGAGCCAAUUCAAGAAACAAUACAAGCAGUUGAUGUUUGCUAAAUACAAGGAUGAAGAGUCUUGAACCAGUCAUGAUGUGCUAUAUAUAUCACUAUAUUGACACUUACUAUGGUACCCAUUGUGUCAUUGGAUGGUCAUAUCACCUCGUACUUUGGUACGUGACAAAAAAUUAAAACAAAAAAAAUAAAUAAUUAAAAAAAUAAUAAAAAAUAAAUCAAUUAAUAAAAAAUAAUAAAUAUUUAAUAUAAUAACAUAUAAUAAAUUUAAUAAUUUUAAUAAUUUAAUACAAAAAUACUAAAUUUUAAAUUAUAUCAGGAAAGCAGGAAGUGAACAAAUGUAACAGUUACUGAUUGUAAAAGUACCAGAUGGAGGGGUAGGAUUUAAUAAGCUUUGCUUCUUCCUACUCCUUUUGGACAUGUGGAACUGUGAACUGAUUUUGUGAUGCAUUCAAUUGUAAUCUGAUGCAUGUUCAAAUGAAAUAAAACCAUUACCAUUACUUUAUUUUUCUUCACUGUAGAGCGUCUUUGAGUACUCUGAAAAGCGCUAUACAAAUAAAAUAUAUUAUUAUUAUUACCAUACCAAUAACAAAAACAAGGCACGGGUCACAAAAGGCCCCUGGGUCGCCCUGCUUUUAUAGCCCAGGGUUGAGCGUGUGCUUUGGUCGUCAUCAAACAACGGUAAUUAAAGAGAGAAGGUUGUUAAUGUAGCUGGUAAUGAUAGUUUUUAUUGCAAAUGUUGAUCGGAAAUCGGAAAACGAGGCAUACGCUGAGUUACACAGGAAUUAAUGUCGACCUCGGGGGGGGGGGGGGUAAGCCUUUGUAGCUUAGUAUAAAACUACGUACAUGUUGACAGGUCUGCAUUAAUACCAUCACCCCCAGUGUUUGAUUAGCACUGUAUUACUGUAUAAUGCCGUUAUUGUGAUGAGUGUAAAACUGCGUAUCCAUGCAUGAAGCUCCUCUGUUGUUCUCUGUGAUAAUCCACAAUAACACAAUGUUCAUCAAGCAUAUGUCCUUCCUGGAGGGCUGCCGGAGAUACAAGAGGAGGAAUUGUGCAAUGUGAGGCUGCAGUUUAUACAGCAUUGUUUCUUUUUUUCCCUCUGCUCCCUGAUCACUGACGGAUAGCUUAGCACUGCGGGAAGGCGGAGGAGGUGCAGGAGGCACAGUAGUGCUAGAUCUUAACAUAAGAUAGGAGAUGAGAUAGUGGAAGGAGGCCAGGAAGGCUCAGUGGCUGCGAGCCCCGCUCCCCCUUUGGUCCUCCUCUGUUCCCACCUCCACACUUGAUUGUUUUAGCAGCUGCAGCCAAAACAUGCAACCCUUCCUUCCCCGCCGUCCUCCACCGUCCUCCACCGUCCUCCACCGUCCUCCACCGUCCUUCUUUCAUUCAUGGAUGCUUCUCUUGCUGUCAGUCAUAAGUCUGCUGAGGUUGAGGAAAAAGACAGCUUCCCCGUGCCGUCCACUUCCUCCAGUCCGGUCCCACGGUUUGAGUUUCAUGCUGACUCGCCUGUCCUCGGUGGGUUGGCAUGGCCCAGUGAUGAACGGAGCGGUGGUGCCUGGUAGCCCGGAGCUCUCCUCCUCGUGCCCGCUACCUGACUGGCGAGAGUUCUGCGAACUCCACGCUCGAGCCUCGGCCGCUGACUUCGCUCACAAGUUCCAACGCUUCCUGACGGAAAACCCAUGCUACGACUCACCCGGUGCUGAUGCCAGCUUCUCGCAACACUUUGCCCAACAUUUCCUCGAGUGCUUCUCGGCUGCUCUGACGCAAGCACGGGAGAACCAAGCAUCGUUGGCGGGUGAGGACGGACCAAACGUAGCGCCCAAGUACAGCAUUGUUCCUUUCCUGGGGAUACAGGGCUGCCCCUUGUCCUACAGUCACGACCUCUACCAGAGACGCAAGGACGCUGGGGCUUCCAGCGAAUCCCUGGACAGCAUGGACAGCGGAGGGGGCGGGAUAGAAGGUGGAGGCAGCGCCACUCCCCGCGUUCAGGGAACUCAACCCACCCACAAGGUGUCCGCUUUGGGUCAAUCCCGAAGUUCCGAGGAUGUGUCUGUGAGCCAUCCCAAAGCUCGCUUCAAGAAGGGCUUCUCCUUAAGAAACAUGAGCCUUUGCGUGGUCGAUGGAGUGAAGGAGAUGUGGCAUCGUCGCGCUUCCCCAGAACCGGAUGGUCCCUCUUCUGCUAGAAAACCAAACGGAAGUGUUGGAGGCGGGAGCGGCGGAGGAGAGGCGGCGACGGCGGCGGCAGGGGAGAGGUGGUCCCAAAAGCUGAGACUACCCAGAGGCUCACAGGGCCACAAGGCCGAGAUGCUGGAGAUCCAGAGGGAAGGAGCACUGAGGUACAUGGUGGCUGAUGACACCAACUGCAUGGGUGCUGCACAGUGGCAGAAGUGCCGUCUGCUGUUGAGGAAGACCAAGAGGGAUGAAGGAGCUGAGCGGUUCUUACUGGAGUUCUACGUACCACCCAAGUCGUCCAAAGCGAAAGUGAGCAUCCCCUUGACAGCCAUCGUGGAGGUGAGGACCACCAUGCCUCUUGAGAUGCCCGACAAAGACAACACUUUUGUUCUCAAGGUGGAAAACGGGGGCGAAUACAUCCUGGAAACUAUUGACUCGCUGCAGAAAAACUCAUGGGUCGCUGACAUCCAGGACUGCAUAGACCCCGGCGACAGUGGUGAUGACAUCGAGCUGGCGUCGUGUCCUCACGGUCAGGCCUCCUCCAAAGACUGCAGCAUGGUGGCCUCCUGCAGCUGUGAGCUGCUCUCCGAGGGUGUGUAUCGAGCUCCGGAGAGGUUAUGUCCUACAGCAGCCGAGCAUUACAGUGCCCCCUCAGUGCGUUGCAGGGAACCCCCCUUCACUCAGCAUCCGUCCCACAUGCCUUUAGAGCGCUUCCUCCAGUCCCCGGAGGCCCAGGGCUCCAACCCUGCAGCAGGCAGUGGCGUUGACGGAGCCAAGCUCUCAGAGGGCGAGGCCAGCCUUGCAGGGUACCCGUGGUUUCACGGGACGCUGUCCCGUGUGCGAGCGGCGCAGCUGGUGUUGGCGGGCGGGGCGAGGAGCCACGGGCUUUUCGUGAUCCGGCAAAGUGAGACGCGGCCCGGCGAGUACGUGCUCACCUUCAACUUCCAGGGCAAAGCCAAGCAUCUGCGUUUGUCCGUCAAUGACAACGGGCAGUGCCACGUCCACCAUUUGUGGUUCCACACCGUGUCGGACAUGUUGAGACACUUUCACGCUCACCCCAUCCCGCUGGAGUCCGGAGGAUCGGCUGACAUCACGUUACGCUCCUACGUUCAAGUGCAGAGGAGCCCCCCUGCAGAUGUCACCGUGCCACCAGUUGUCACCCCAUCCAGAGACGCAGGCUGCCGCCCGGAUUCUAACCCACAACAUCUGCACCCUCCUGGCAUCCAACCCUCCACGGGGCCUCCUCCGGAUACCCCUCUCUCCUCGAGUACCUCCUCGUCACCCACCGCCCUUCCCUCCCUCUCCCGUAGCGACCCAGGUACAGGGGGCGGCUUACAGAGCCGCAGCAACAGCUCGGAGCGCCUACUCGAGGCCUCUAGUGGCGCAUCCGAGGACUACCACGAUGCUGACGGGACUCGAAGGGCCCGAGCUGUAGAGAACCAGUACUCUUUCUACUGACAUGACGUAACGGCACACGAUAGUCAAGACUUGUUCAAUGACGAAAAUGGUCCAAACCCUGCAGGAUCAAAGGUGAUGCUUGUUUUUGUUUCAAACAAGCAAUUUCCUGUUUGUCUUAACUUUAAGAGCGGAGGUGAGGCCGAGGCCGGGAUAAAUCCAUCAGGUCGUUGCAGCUGUGUUUCACACUGUCAGAGCGUAACGCGGCGUGACGCAAAAGGGCUACAAGGAGAGCAGACUCACAGUGGGGCUGGAUGGAUGGAUGGAUGAUGGAAAAUAAGAGCGCCGAGGAUGUGUGUAGGCAGAAAGAGCAACAGGAAGUCAUCCCGUAUUCUCAUAUGGCUUUCAUUCACUUCAUCUCACCACUUCCUCUUGACAAAAAAAAUACCCCAAAAAAACUGAAAUGACCCCGAAGCGAGACUCCAGCUCAUGUUUGUAAAGCUGCUUCGAGUCCAUCUUUGGUAUCCUCGCCGCUUCCCCCUUGUUAGCACGCAAGUGAUGGGUGUGUUAGCAUCAGUUCUGAUGGUGAUGGAGGUCUUCUUAUGUUGCGUUUCAGAAAACUGGGACAUUGAUAUAAGCAAACUGGUCCCAUUUCGGACACAUGGUCCGAUCUAAAAUAUGUUUAUGUCAUGCAGCUUGACUUCAAGGUCUGAAAAUUCCCACUCCACAGUUUUCCGGGGACUGCUUCGAGUCCAUCUUUGGUAUCCUCGCCGCUUCCCCUUGUUAGCACGCAAGUGAUGGGUGUGUUAGCAUCAGUUCUGAGGUGAUGGAGGUCCUGUUAUGUUGCGUUUCAGAAAACUGGGACAUCGAUAUAAGCAAACUGGUUCCAUUUGGUUGACACAUGGUGCAAUCUAAAAUAUGUUUAUGUCAUGCAGCUUGACUUCAAGGUCUGAAAAUUCCCACUCCCGAGUUUUCCGGAAUGCAGCGUUAGCGCCUCGAUCACAAUAUCGGUAUCAAUUCCUUCUUUAGCAUCGAACUAGCUUUUCUCCUGCAGCAUAAACGUAUUGAAAAGUGACGUUGGGUCUCUGUGACAAUGUCAGGGUGGCUCUCAUUUUGUUGUCACACUGGCUUAUUUCUAUGAGUGUGUGUGUGUGUGUGUGUGUGUGUGUGUGUGUGUGUGUGUGUGUGGUAUAGUAAGAGUAUUUUUUGAUGAUCGCUAUGCUACAGUAGUGUUUCUAAAACAGGGUUUUUUCUGGGGUCCCUCUGUCCGGUGCGGGUACUGUGCUAAUGACAUGCUGUUCAUGAAUAUAUCACGUUCAAUUCCCGCCUUGAAAGAUGUGAUUAGAACCAAAAUCCAGCAUUUAUCAAAUGACGGAACAGGAUCAGCACAGCAGACUAGUUGGAGAGGAUGGCCAUGCUUGACCGGGACGUAUGCGGCGGCUUCACUGCUUUGCUUUAAUAUUCAAUAAGAAAGUCAUAUUUAGAAUGAUUAAACAAAAAAAAGUGACAUCUUUAACAUAUCAAUGAGCUGUGCAAGCGUGGCCAUCUUGCAAGCAUUUCCAAGAACAGGCAUUGGUGGAGCGGAUGGAGCAGUUAAUGUGCCAAUUUGAAUCCUAUUUUUAAAGCAUAUUUAUUCUUUAAGUUGUUGUAAAUGCGCCCCCACCCCAACCCAACCCAACCCCAUGGAGUCUUAUCUUUGUGCAAAAAUGGUGGAUUCUCAAGUGAACACCUCCCACCCCCACCUAAAUAUCACAGACAGACUCAUACCCAAACCCCCCUUUUUUUGUUUUGUUGAUUUUCUGUUGUCUGGCGACGUUUUGAAGAGUCUGUGCAAUUCUUGCUCACGUCUCCCCUUGAGUUUAUUAACACUUGGUAAAACAAAACAAAAAAACAAUUCUGUUGAGUUUUGAAGAGUCUGUGCAAUUUUGUACAAAGUGACGUACUUGACAUACUACUUUAUAUUUCUGUGAAUAAAAUGUGAACAACACCUA